GGACAAAGGGCCCCAGAGUGCUGGUGAUCACGGUUGAAAGACCACAGGCCAAACAAGCACCGAUUGACAGUCUGCUGUGUCUCACGGGGACCAGCUGAUGAUGACCUCCGACACAGUGGGAGAAGAAAGUGUCGGGCAGCUCUGUGGAGUGGAAUGUGGCUAAGCUGUGAGGAGAGGUUGUUUGGAUUCUUGUGACCGAGUGACUUGGGAGACUUUUGCUGGCUUUUUCUGAACCACGCUUUAUCUUGCUUUAUUCACGGAAGGCCAAGUCAGCUCACCUGUACAGUAGACUUUCUUCAGGUAACCUUGGAAAUAUCUAAGAGCACCAUGGAUUUGUCGCAGAACUCCGGUCGGAUCAUGUGGGGACUGAACACUCGUUUGAAAGGCUUUCUGGACCAGGUGAACAGGCUGCAGGAGACCAACGAGCAGCUGGAGGCUCGCAUAGUCGAAGCGGGCAUGAGAAACGCGUCUUGUUCUCGGGGCUGGUCGGAGCAGGAAAACGCUGUGAAAGAACUGCGCGCUCAGGUCGGUCAACUCCUGAUGGAGAAUGCCCGGUUGGCCUUACAGUCUGACAACAUGAAGUCCAGAGCUGCAGCCAUCCAGGCCAGAUGUGAGACGGAGGAGUGUAACACCAAGCUUCUGGAGCAGCAGGUGGCUGUGCUGAGGGAGUCUAAGAAGACCACUGAGAAGAACUGCACGAUACUGCAGACUGACAUCCACAACUCCGUGACAGAGCUGCAGGAUGUGCACCAACAAUAUCAGGCUGCUCGGGUGCUGCAGCUGCGGCGGGCCGCCUCAUGUGAUGCUCUGUUAGCCAGGACCACGCAGGAAGAGGAUGGCGCAGCGAUGGAGCUCCCCAGACUCCUCGAACGAAUCAAGUCUCGGUGCAACCGGGACGGCUUCCCCGACCAGGGUGAGAGAAACCUCGGCCGGGGCUCGCGUUCGGUUCCCGGCUUUGCCGGAGCAAGCCGAUCUGAAGCUGGAGCGACCGCAGCACCAACAAGAACGACACUCAGUGAGGAGGAAGCGGCAUGGGCCCAGAUUAACCUGGGCAGCAAUGCUCUGAGGGAGGCACGGGCUGAGCUGGCUGAGGCCCGGAGGCAGUGGCUCGCCCUUCAGGUGGAGAUGGAGACCCUGUAUGCCUUGGAGAAAGGCCUGGAAAACUCCCUGCAGCAGAGCCAGCAGCUGUACUCCACCCAGCUGCAGGAACUUUCCCAGGUGAUCACUGGGCUGGAGAGCGAGCUGGAGGAGGUGAGGGGCGGACUGGCCACCCAGCGUCAACGCCACAGCCAGAUGCUCGACACCAAGAUAAGGCUGGAGCGAGAGAUUUCCACUUACAGAAGACUGCUGGAAGGGGAAGAAGGCAGGUACACAGGCCGCACCAGGCAGCCGAUGAGUCUACAGCCCUGGGGCUCAUCUUCGACAGAGUCUAAGGAAAACGGGCUGGAGAUAAGUUUUAGUGACGCCACAAUCACCCCAGAUGAACCAAAGUCAGAGCCACUGCCUGAAACUACUUCGAUUCUACCAGAAUACCACAAAUCAAAGGACGGUUCAACCCUCCAACGGCCACAAAGCCUUGUCAUACUCACAGAGCCGGAGCAAGACAGGGAAUUGGCGAUUUCCACUGUGAAAACUCAGGAGGUUCUCCAAGGUAACGUCGUGCAGGAAAGUGCAGAGGGCCACGGCAUUGUCGAGACGGAAAACAUCGACAGGGUCAUCAAGCAGUGGGAGAGCUCUUUCUUCAGGGGGAAUCCCAACCUCCGGAGGAAGUCCGUGUCCCUGCGCUUCGACCUGCACAUGGCAGCGGCAGACCUGGGCUGUGCUCAGACCAAACAAGACAGCCUCCCCGACGUCGAAGUGCGUCUCAUCAUGAAAAGAUCCCGCAGCGCCGCAACCACACCCUAACUGCGGAUUGGUACGGCGCCUGACGACCGCAUCUCCUGCCUUGUCUGAUGUUUCCAUAGGCCGGAUUCCGAAAUCGCGACAUCAAUUGACGCUGAAAAUGAAGGUUGGAUGUGAUUUCUUUCCACAGAACUUCACUCACGUUGGAAUAGCAUGAGCCAUACCUUUUUUUGGGGGGAGGCUAAUAUUUACAGCUUCAUACACCUCAGCUUCUGGUUGAAUUUUUGACCACUCCUCUUAACAAAAUUGGUGCAGUCCAGCUAAAUUUGUUGGUUUUCUGACAUGGACUUGUUUCUUCAGCAUUGUCCGCACGUUUAAGUCAUUACUUUGGGAAGGCCGUUCUAAAACCUUAAAUCUAGCCUGAUUUAGCCAUUCCUUUACCACUUUUGACGUGUGUUUGGGGUCAUUGUCCCAACUGCGCCCGAGACCCAACCUCCGGGCUGAUGAUUUGAGCUUGUCCUGAAGAAUUUGGACAAUUUACUCUCAGUAAAGCACCAGUUCCAGUGGCAGCAAAACAGGCCCAGAGCAUAAUACUACCACCACCAUGCUUGACGGUAGGUGUGGUGUUCCUGGGUUUAAAGGCUUAAUUGGGAUGAAUAUUUACGGCUGAAUACACCUCAGUGACGGUGCUCCAAAAAGAGACAUUUGAAUGCAUUUCAACUCACAAUUCUGGAUUAGAAAAGAUGACAGAAUCUGUAAGCAAGGAGUGCAGAAACGAGCAAGAAAAUCACCAUCCAGCGAAAAG